AUGUCUCGUUUUGUCUGGCCCCUUCUAUUGAUCGCUCUUUCGUUAAGAGUUAUCCAUGGACAGAACUUCACAAGUCGCAUCAUUGGUGGCUCCUCGGUGGACAUCAAGGAGGCUCCUUACCAGGCGAACAUUGUUGUGGAUGGAAAUCCUCGUUGCAGUGGUGCCAUCAUUGGUAACAAGACUAUCCUCACGGCUGCUCGAUGUGUAUAUGGAUGUUCCACCAGUUCGGUAAGGGUUCGAGUUGGCUCCAGCUCCAGAGAGGGCGGUGGAACUCUGGCCAGGGUCUGCGGCAUAAAUAAUCAUCCGCAAUACUCUUCCGAUCGUUAUGACAACAACCUGGCGAUUUUGGAACUUUGUGACCGCCUCAAUUUCACGGACUCCGUUAAAUCAAUCAACGUGACGGAUAAGGUGCCGGAUGAUUUAUCCCUAGCCGAGGUCACCGGUUGGGGCUCCACCAGUUGGUGGGGAAGCUGGUGGGACAGGAAAUUUGGCAGUCUGCCAGAUCAACUGCAAGUCGCCACGGUGAGCCUCUACAAUCGGGAACAGUGCGCCAAUGACCUAUCUGGCUGGUUCUGGAUCAAGGACUAUGGUGUCUCGGAUCUGACCAUUUGCACUUAUAGGUACAAUAAGGCAGCCUGUUCCUACGACACAGGAGCUCCGCUCGUUAAGGACAAAAAACUCGUGGGUAUUCUCUCCUAUGGCGGAUGCUCAAAAUAUCCCGAUGUUUAUACCAAUUUGAUCAGGUUCAUGAGCUGGCUGACCGAGGUGAUAACAACCAGUGAAAAUACCACUGAUAAAGCACCAAGUAAUACUACAACUACUCCAACAACUACUAAGCAUGGAGAUUCUAAAGGCCCUAAUUCUACAACGUCUGCCGGUUUUACAGGCCUUAAUUAUACAAUGGCUGCAGGUUCCACAGGUUUUAAUUAUACUAGGCCUACAAGUUCCACAGACCGCAAUUCUACUACGUCAAGUUAUACGAAGCUCACAUCCAGUACGUCUAAAGGUUUUACAAAACCGAAAAGUACUACGUCUAAAGGUUUUACAAAACCGAAAAGUACUACGUCUAAAGGUUUUACAAAACACAAAACUACUACGUCUAAAGGUUCUACAAAAGACAAACCUACUGCAUCUAACGGUUGUUAAGCCCAGAAGAUUUCUAUCAAUUCUUCGAGUCUAUGGAAAAAGUUCUCUAACGAAAUGAAUGGCACCUCAUAAGUAAAUUUUCCUGUCCUUAAUUUGUUCAAUUAAUUUUAAUAAUAAAUUGCAAUGCUG